UGCUUUAUCAUUGAAAUGUUCUUUUAUGUUAACAUUUCAAACCUGUUUGUUUGGUUGACAAGAUAUUGUCAUCUCUUUCCACCAAAAUAGGAGAAUUUAGAGUCCAAUCAGGUUUUCUGUCGCUAACUAUUUUGCCUGUUCAUCUGAUUAAUUUUAAAAAAAUCUCCUGUUAGUACUAAACUUUGUUUGAAAAUUUUAUAAACUUUAGAUUGGUAAGAACAAGAAGCACAAAUUGUUAAAUUUGGUCGUAAACUAGUCACAAGAUGUUGCAGUAGAGCAAAUAUUGCAAUAAUUUGUUUUCAGACUAAGAACAGUUGGGUGAUCAAAAGUCCAAUGUCUCUAUUCAUAUAACUUGAAACAGAACACUGAAUUUAACUGUAAUGGUUAAAUAGCUGAUAAUAUAAUUUAUCUUUUAUAUGUUAAAUGAUCUAACAUUUGAUUUGCAGUACUGAAAGCUUAAAUUAGGAUUUCAGUUGAUUGGAUUGGUAAUUUUGGUAUUGGUAAAUUUCACAGUGAAAAGAUUAGCCAUUGUCAAAAUGGCUUUAUGCAGAAAUUUAUUUAGACAUGAUCUGCAAUUGUUAAGAUGAAUAAGGAACGUUUUGUCAGACCUUAAGAAGUAGAAUUAUUUUUGUGUUUGGUAGCUAACUUGGACACCAACUCACAUGAUGGUGAAAAGAUUGGUGCACAAGUAUCAGAAGCAAGAAUUUUAUUGCUACAUUCAGAAGAGCGAUGAUGCAUGUCGUGAAUUUCAAUAAAUGGGCUUACAGGCUGGUCGAGGAUCGACAAGAUGGCCUAUCAAAGGUUCCCAUAUUCGAUCGAGAGGCAUUUCAAGCUGGUAUUACAUUCAAAGCGAAGUACGUUGGUACUCUGGAAAUCACGCGACCAACAUGUAGAUCGGAAAUAGUUACAGCAAUGAGAAAAGUUAGGUACGAAUUCAAGAUUAAAGCCAUCGAAAAACGGCGUAUUUUUCUGACGAUUUCUGUCGAUGGAAUCAAAGUGACGUUACGUAAACGUCGUCGAAGAUUGCGAAAAGAAUACCUUCUUGACGAUGAACCUGUUAUCCUACAUGAGCAUGCAAUUGGAAGGAUCUUUUAUGUUUCCCAUGACUCCAUGGAUCUAAAAAUAUUCAGCUACAUCACGAAAGACAACUUUGAUAACCUCUUCCGAUGCAGUGUGUUCAAAGCUUAUAAGAAAUCUAGAGCGUUGUUCGUCGUUCGGACAAUCGGUCAAGCUUUCGAAGUAUGUCAUCGUCUACAGCAAGAAUCUGCUGAAGAAAAGAAAGAUGCUCCAGUUAAAAAAGUUGUGGAUGAGAAUAUUUUGGCUGACGAAGGAACAGAUAUUGACGAUGUUAACUUGGAUCUGAAGGCUGUUGAGGAUGAACAGAAAGAAAAACAAGACAAAGAUAUGCUAUUGGUCGGCGAUCUUCGACCAUCAGUUUAUGCCGACAACAAUCUUUCACAGUUGACAGCGGAACAGAUAAGAGUGCUAUUCAAUCAGCAGGUGCAGCAUUACAUGCAAGAAGUCGAAAGAUACAAAAGUGAAAGUCAGCUGCUCAAAGAUCAACUGAUACUUGAGAGGAAUGCGCGUGUGCAGUCUCAGGAGAGAGAAAAGUGCUUGUUGCAGAAAAAUCGCGAACUCUUACAAACUAUACAAACGUUGGCAAACAGAUUACAAAAAGUCAAUCCGGGCGAUGAUGGUCUAACAGCUGCAUUUAACUCACCAAAGCAACCGGAAACCCUUCUUAACCCCGGGGGUCCCUCCCUGUUUUCACCUCCCUUUCAAUAUAACAACGUCGACCACUCAACUCGCUAUGGUAUUGGUAGCAGUCCUGAACAUCAGGGGAUUGCUGGGAACUCAAUGAUAAUUGCACCACCGAGUAGUGUGAUCGACACUUUGAUCCCCUUGCAUCUAAGCCUUUACCCUCAGUCACUUUGGAGGAUAUGAAUAACUAUAGCUCAACUUUACCGAGACAAAAUGGAAAACUUUUGACGACGAGGACGAUGUGCACCCGGAAUUGGACACGAUGAUUCCAACUCGGAGUCUUCUGAAGAAGAACACUUUUCAGAAAAUUUUGGUAGAUCUCAAAUCCAUGUGAAGGAAAGAAACGGUUGGGGCGAUUUAAACGACAAUUCCACAAAUGGUAGCGCUAAGACAAGUCCAUAUAUUGCCGAACAAAAUGGUUAUUUACACAGUGAUUUGAAGUCGCUUCAUUUGGACACAAGCAAUCAAUACGGAGACAAGAUAUCUUCGUCUUCAGGUACGAGAACUGCUGUACAAACAGAUUUUUAAAUAGACGGAAUAAAGUAAAAUUAUUUUUCUAGAGAAAUUAUUUGUAAAAUCACAUAAAUGUGUCAUUUGUAAUACUAAAUGGUCAAUCUAGACUACGACAGUUUUUGCUGAGGCAUGUUUUUCUCUUAUUCGACAAUUUCCAUGAACAAUUAAGACACUUGAAGGUUCGAAGUGAAUUAUUUCGUUGAAUGAAAUCAUUGAUACAUGAUCAGAUAAUGGUUAUUGGCAAAGCUUGCGUUUUAGAUUUCGUCAGAUUUCGUUUAAUGGCAUUGUCAUUUCCAUCUGAUAA